AUGCGCCCCAACAUAGCUCGAAUUCAGCUCGUGAGUUCACACCCUGAGGUUUACGAUCCGUGUGAUGAUUCGUUUGCAUUGGUUGAUGCAUUGCUAGCCGAUAGAGCUAGCCUAAUCGACCACCGUCCGUCGAUUUGUAUGGAAAUCGGCUGCGGUAGUGGCUACGUCAUCACUUCGCUCGCUCUGCUGCUCGAGAAAGAGUGCUCUGGCUUGUACUACAUUGCAACGGACAUAAACCCCCACGCCACCACAGUGACGCACGAAACACUAGCAGCGCACGGGUGCUCUGCUGAGGUCGUGCACACGGAUAUUGCAUCGGGGCUGGAGAGGCGCUUGGCCAGAAGUGUGGACGUGAUGCUGGUGAACCCGCCUUAUGUGCCGACUCCGGAUGCAGAGGUUGGCUGCCGCGGAAUCGCCUCCUCCUGGGCUGGGGGAGAGGAUGGGAGGCGUGUUAUCGAUAGGAUAUUGCCGGUCGCGGAUGACCUCCUGUCGGAUAAGGGCUGGCUGUACAUGGUUACACUCACUGCGAAUAACCCCGUGGAAUUGUGUGUACAAAUGAGGAAGAAAGGGUAUGCUUCUCGGAUUGUCCUGCAGAGAUCGACUGAAGAAGAGAGCCUCAACAUCAUCAAGUUCUGGCGGGAUGUGGAUACUUUGCAGGAGGCUAAUGAGUGUACGGAAGUUGAGAAAACGGAGAAUGGGAUCGGGUUGGGAUUGCCUCAUUUUUCUCCGUUCUCGUAUUGGAAUUAUGGGAACCGCACUGCAAACUAG